GUCCACUGAAUUCAUUACAUCUGUUUCUUAGUGUUGAGCUUUUCCAAUAAAGAAAAAAAAAUGAACAUGCUCUUCCUACUAUGAACUGAAACUAUAAAGAUCUGAAAGUUGGUGAACAAGUUUAGAUUUUGAGAGAGUUAAAAUGGAUGUUGUGGUUCAGUUGCAAAGACAGUUUGUUGACUACAGAGCUUCCUUGUAUAAAGAGGGAUUUCUGGAUGAUCAGUUCAUCCAACUUCAACAGCUGCAAGAUGAGAGCAACCCAGACUUUGUGGUUGAAGUGGUGUCUCUCUUCUUUGAAGAUUCUGAGAGGCUUCUCAAUGAACUAACAAAAGCACUGGAUCAGCAGAGUGUAGAUUUCAAAAAGGUGGAUGCUCAUGUUCACCAGUUCAAGGGUAGCAGCUCCAGCAUUGGUGCACAGAGAGUUCAAAGAGUUUGCAUUUCUUUUCGCAACUAUUGCGAGGAACAAAAUGUUGAAGGGUGCCUAAAAUGUCUCCAACAAGUAAAGAAUGAGUAUUCUCUUGUAAGGAACAAGCUUGAGACUAUGUUCAAGCUUGAGCAACAAAUUUUGGCCGCUGGCGGGUCAAUUCCUAUGUGAUGAGAGGAAGCAAUUAAAGUCAUCAUCUGCAGAAAAAACAAGAGAGAGAAAUGUGUAUCAAAUUGUAGAGAAGUUUUUUCUCCGUCUUUCUUUCUUUAAUUUUAAGUUGAGAAUCCACAUUACUAAAGGGUUUUAUGAUGUUUUGAGCUUGAGGUUGUAUUAUAUAUCAAAUGUAUGAGCAGUGAUGGACAAUGUGAAUAAAACCUUUCUUUUCAUAUUA